AUGAAAGAAAUUAUAUCUAUACAUAUCGGAUAAGCUGGAAUCUAAUUAGGAAAUAGUUGUUGGGAGUUGUAUGGCAUAGAACAUGGAAUUUAACUUGAUGGUUAGAUGACAUAAGAUAAGACAUUAGGAAUUAAUAAUGAUGCAUUUAAUACUUUCUUUUCAGAAAUAGGAAAUAGUAAACAUGUUCCAAGAUCUAUAUUUAUUGAUUUAGAUAGGAAUUGUAUUGAUGAAUUAAAAAGAGGUUAAUUUAGAGAUUUAUUCUAACCUGAAUAAAUGAUAUCAGGUAAGGAUGAUGCUGGAGGUAUUUAUGCAAGAGGUUACUAUGGAGUUGGUAAAGAUUUAAUAGAUUAAAGUAUGGAUAAAAUUAAAUAAUUAACAGAAGAUUGUAUGGGUCUUUAAGGAUUUCUCAUAUUUCAUUCAGUUGGUGGAGGUACUGGUUCUGGAUUUGGAUCGUUAUUAUUAGAAUCGAUGACAGAAGAAUAUAAUAAGAAAUCUAAAAUUGGAUUUGCAAUUUUUCCAUCUCCUUAAAUUUAAACAUCUAUCGUUGAACCAUACAAUACUGUAUUAUGUGAAAGUGCUUUAAUUGAGCAUAAUGAUGUCUGUAUAUUAUUAGAUAAUGAAGCUAUUUAUAAUAUUUGCAAUAGACAUUUAGAUAUAGAAAGAUUGUCUUAUACAAAUUUAAAUAGAAUAAUAGCUUAAUUAUGUUCAUCCUUAACACUUUCAUUAAGAUUUGAUGGAUAGUUGAAUUCAUAAUUGAAUGAUUUUUAAACAAAUUUAGUACCUUAUCCUAGAAUUCAUUUUAUGUUAUCAUCAUAUGCACCAAUUGUAGCAGCAUAAAAAGUAUAUCAUGAAUAAUUAACAAUAUCAGAGAUAACAAAUUCCAUUUUUGAUACUUAAAACAUGAUGGUUAAAUGUGAUCCAAAUCAUGGAAAAUAUAUGGCAAGUUCAUUAUAUUAUAGAGGAGACAUAGUACCUAAAGAUGUUACUGCUGCACUUGCAUAAAUAAGAUUAAAUAAAACAGUCUAAUUUGUUGAUUGGUGUCCAACAGGAUUUAAAUUAGGUAUUAAUUAUUAACCUCCUACUUUUGUUAAUGGAGGAGAUUUAGCAAAAGUAACAAGAUCAGCAUGUAUGAUUUCCAACACUACAGCUAUAGCAGAAGUCUUUGCUAGAAUUGAUCAUAAAUUUGAUCUCAUGUAUUCCAAAAAGGCCUUUGUUCAUUGGUAUAUUUAGUAAGGAAUGGAAGAAGGAGAGUUUAUAUAAGCAAGAGAAAAUAUCUCAGUUCUUGAGAAGGAUUAUUCUUUUUCUAUUGAAACAGCUGAAGGAAUAGAAAAUGAAGAAGGAUUUGAAGGAUGA